AUGGAAACUGUGAAGAAUGGUACUAUUAAAUUCUACGUGGAAUUAGUCCAGUUAGUAGUGUACAUUCCCACAUUUACUGUGGGAGUGAUAUUCAAUGUGUUGGCUUUGUGGUUUGCCUUCUGUAAGAUCAGGAAGGCAACGGAAACAGUUAUCUACGUGGUGUCGCUUAUCAUUCUGGAUACCUUGCUGCUGUUUACUCUUCCUUUUAAAAUCAUUUCCUAUCAUCAACCAACUUGGCAACUGGGAACUGUGUUCUGCUCAUUCCUGGAAAGCCUUUACUUUAUAAACAUGUAUGGCAGCAUUCUCAUCUCUGUGUGUAUUUGUGUGGACAGAUACAUUGCUAUCAGACACCCAUUCUUAGCUGUGACCCUGAGAUCUCCCAAAAAAGCUGCCAUUAUCUGUACUGUCAUCUGCUCAGGAAUCUGGGCUGGAGCUGCUAGUACGUUCCAACUGCAUGAAGACAGUGGUGCCAGAAAUUCAUGCUUCUAUGGUUUCUCUGAUAAGACAUGGCAAUCCACAGGUUUGUUUGUUACCCUGGAGACUGCAUUUCUUGGAAGCGUGGCAACAAUGAUUUUCUGCACAGCUCACAUCAUCAUAUAUUUGAAGAGGAGGGAAGACCUAUAUAAUCCACUUACUAACACAAGUAAAUCAGUGAAGAUCCUCACAGCAAACUUGAUCACAUUUGUAGUCUGCUUCACCCCUUUCCAUUUGGCACUCCUCUUGUAUGUUUUGGUAAAAAAUCAGGUAAUUAAUGAUUCUGAACAAAUCACACGCUCCUUUGUUCAAAUCAGCCUCUGCUGGGCUAACCUCAACUGCUGCCUGGAUGCAAUUUGCUACCAUUUCGUUUUUAAGGAGUCUUUGAAAAACAUGCUUCCAGAACAUGACAGAACAAUCAGCAGUGAUUAAUCAUUGUUGCAAGACUCAAUCAUUUUCAGACCUGGUAGGAAAAAGCCUUCUAAAGCUGCCAGCCCUUCUAGUUUCAUAGAUUAUUUUUACCUUAGGUACCAGUGAAAACUCCC